ACCAUGUCCGUGUGACAGCUGAUCGGGUGAGCGAUGCGCCACUAACCGCCGUGGAGGAAGGAAGGGAGGAGGAGGAGGGGGAUAAAAAGCAGCUCGCCGCGGUCGCCUGCAGUGGAGCGCACGGCUCUGGCCAGGCAGAAACAGAUCAGCGGCACAGGAAGCGGGAGCAGCUCUGUGAUCGGCACCAGCACCACCAGGAGGGACGUGUGUCGGCGAAUACAGAUGCUAUGGAGAGCAGGAGGGGCACGGAUAGCAGCGCACACGGUGGGGAUUAAAGGAAUACAGUCAGCUGCAUGUGCUGCGAGGGUCUGCAGAGCCGCAAGGGACUGGAUGCAAGCCAACACAUGGUACAGGUUCGAGACCCUGAUCCGCCCCCACAACAACGAAAAUCCCAGGUCACCAUUGCUGCUGCGGAUGCAGUUCGGCGGAAUCGCGGUCCUCGUCCUGCCUGUCAUGGACAAGUGAUAGAAGAUACUAAUGACAGAAGCCUCAGCAAUUAAUCCAGUUCAGAGAAGCUCUUGCACUUGGCUCAUCCAUGGGCUCGCUGCCUCUGCUCCUUGAAGGACGAGACGACCUUCAUGAAUCCACCGUGCAUGACAACCUCAUGUGAGACCGCUGAAAGGUUUCUCCGCUCAGCCGAGGAAAACGGCACCGCUGACUGGGACACUGAUCAGGGGGAAAUGUCUGUGGCAUCGCCUCGGUAAAAAAUGGCUCCCCUCUUCCUGAAGUUAACGGUAACAACCGUUGAUUCUCUAAGCACCAGUUACAAGCUAAGGAAAAACGGGGCCAAAAUGAAGGACGUGGCAUUUGUGUUCUGUCUCAUUAUGGGAGUCGCUAUGACUACUGUACUUCCUGCAACAGAGGAAGAAGCCAGCUGUCCCCAGUCAUGUGUUUGUGAAAUCAGACCAUGGUUCUCCCCAAACUCUGUUUAUAUGGAAGCCCCUACUGUUGACUGUAAUGAUUUAGGACUCUCUGUCCUACCAGAAAAAUUACCAGCGGACACACAGGUAUUACUGCUACAGACUAACAACAUUGCUAAAAUCGAAAGGUCCCUGGAAUACCUGGCUAACCUCACAGAGAUAGAUGUGUCUCAGAACAAUCUGUCCGCCAUUGGGGAUGUAAACUUGGGCCAACUUCACCAGCUUUUGUCACUGCACAUGGAGGAGAACUGGAUUCAUGUUCUUCCGGACAGCUGCUUCUCUGAGCUAACUGACCUCCAAGAGCUCUACAUCAACCACAACAAGAUUUCCAUUAUUGUGCCUGGGGCAUUUCUGGGGCUGAAAAACCUGUUGCGACUCCACCUAAACUCUAAUCGGCUGGAGGCUAUCAGCAGUGAAUGGUUCGAAGCCACACCACGACUGGAAAUCCUCAUGAUUGGAGAAAACCCGGUUGCCAAGAUCGAGGACAUGAACUUUAGGCCGCUCGUUAACCUCCGAAGCCUGGUCCUGGCCAGAAUGAACCUAUCAGACAUACCUGACAAUGCGCUGGUCGGCCUUGAGCAGCUUGAGAGCAUCUCGUUUUAUGACAACACUUUUGCCAGAGUUCCGCGCACUGCCCUGAAGAAGGUUCAGAGUCUCAAGUUUCUGGACCUCAACAAGAAUCCCAUUCAGAGGAUACAGAGAGGGGACUUCGUGGACAUGCUGCACCUCAAGGAGCUGGGCAUUAACAGCAUGCCUGAGCUUGUGUCCAUCGACAGCUUUGCCCUUAGCAAUUUGCCAGAACUGACCAAAAUUGAGGCAACAAACAACCCCAAGCUGUCCUACAUCCAUCCAAAUGCUUUUCACAGGCUACCCCAGCUGGAGACACUCAUGGUGAACAGCAACGCCCUGAGUGCCUUGCAUCGUGUCACUGUGGAGUCUCUACCCAACCUCCGGGAGGUGAGUCUGCACAGCAACCCCAUCCGCUGUGACUGCGUUGUCCGCUGGAUGAACGCAAACAGGACGGCCAUUCGUUUCAUGGAGCCAGAAUCCUUGUUCUGUGUGGAGCCGCCCGAGCUGGAGGGUCGGCAAGUUCGGCAGGUGCACAUCCGUGAGAUGACGGAGGUAUGCCUGCCACUCAUCUCUCCCGGGAGCCUCCCAGGGAUAGUCCAAGCACGCAAGGGGAGUUCACUGUCUCUUCACUGCCGGGCAUUUGCUGAGCCUGAGCCUGCCAUCUACUGGGUCACACCCUCAGGAAAUCGGGUCCUACCCAGCACCUUCUCCAAGAAGUACUACGUGCAUCCGGAGGGCACGUUUGACAUCUAUGACAUCACGGAACGUGAAGCCGGAUUAUACACAUGUGUUGCGCAUAACUUUGUUGGUGCGGACCUCAAAUCAGUCUCUGUGGAGGUCGAUGGUUACUUUCCACAGCCAAAAAAUGGGUCCUUGAUCUUAAAGGUUGAAUCUGUGAUGCCAAACUCCGUCCUAGUAUCUUGGAAGGCAUCUCUCGGCAGCCUGGCUGCAAACGUUAAGUGGUCCACGACUGCAACGCAAAGCAGACCCACCCUGGUCUUCACAGUGAGGGUCCCAUCCAAUGUGAAGGCAUACAAUCUAACACACCUAGAGCCCUCCACACAGUAUAAGGUGUGCGUGGACAUUCCCAGCAUCCGCUACAGGAGACACGGAAAAUGUGUCGACGUCACCACAAAGGGAAUAGAGCCUGCGGCGAUGAACUCGGAGUGGCAGGAUGCUGCUGCCAUCAUGUCCCCUGCUGUUCUUUUGGCCAUGGUAUCCGUUGCCUGUUUGCUCAUCUGCGUGAUGAUGAAGAACCGUCUCAUGUCUGGAGAGUUGAGGAAAUCGGAGUCUAAGACCUUGCUGAAUCCCCUGGCUGAAUCGCCCUUCCUACAGAGGAGAUUUUGGGACUCUACUAAGGGGCCAGCCAGCGUGGUCCAAGUGAAGGCCACAGUUUUAGAGGUGUCCAACAACUCCAUAUAAAGAAACAUACCUUUCAGUUAUAAGUGUGUGGAUUUCUUGCAAAAAAAAAAAAGACUUGAGAUUGGACAAAAGCAAAUGGGGAAAGCACAAAGCACGCAAGUCCCUAAAUAUGCAUUUCUUGCCCCGACACUGAUGUUCUGGAACACUGCAAGAUUGUGUUUUGGAGGGGGGUCUCUAAUGGCAAGAGGCAGACGUUCCAUAAGCCAACGUUAAUGGAGAAGUGGUCUACAGUGACUAUAUUAACAAGCAUCACAGGGAUUAUCGCUCAGCACGUGGCUCGAGUUGCUGGGUAUUGGCUGUUAUCCAAUGAACAAACAGAACCAAGGGCAGGUGAAAGUGUUGUCCCUUAUUGGCUGUUAUAUAUGUAAAGAAUAGUGGAAAUAUCCUCGUGGUCCCAAGCAAUACCUUGUGUGCUGUAUUAAAUAAAUAGGCAAAAUUAGA